AUGAAUGCGAGUGAUGUGAUUUUACACAAUGAUACAAAUGGGCCAUCAACGUCAAAAGAGCCAUCUACAGCUGACGAGGCAGAUUAUAUAUUGGAUGAAGAUUUUCGGCUUGAUGCUAAACAUUUAAAUCGUGUUCAUGAGGAAUUAGAAAAAUUGAAUAUUGCGACUGAUGUAAUCAAUAAAUUGGAAUUACAACUUGAUGAAGCAAGAGCUACCUUCAGGAAAAUUCAAACUUCCUGGUCUGAAAAAUUGAAUGAAUUAAGUCGUAAAUAUGGUUCAGCUAUUGCGAAAGGUCGUCCUUAUUAUGAAGCAAAGCUUAAGGAGAGACGGUUGCGUGAAGAAGCGCAAAAUGCCGCGAUACGUUUCGAGCGUGCCAAUUCAAUGCAUGCAGUAGCAAAGCAACAAGUGAAAUUGACCCAAGAUAGUUUAAAUCGACAACGAAGUAUCGAACCAGAAUGUUUAGAGGUUUUGAACCAUCAUAUUCAACGUGUAAAUGAAGCGGAGCAAGAACGUAUAGCGGCUGAAGAGCUACAUCGUUCAAUAUCGGAGCGUAUGACGCAGUUAUCAAAAGAAAUUGCACAGAUGCUAGAGGCAAAUGCUCGAUCUAUUAAGAAAAGUCGACAUUAUUUUGAGCAACGCAUCGAAUUUACAAGAAUUUUGGAGCAUCAGAAAAGUUUAAUUCUGAAGCUUGAAUCUGAGGUCCGUCAGAAAAAGUAUGAUUAUACAUCGUCGUUGAGGAAUUUGGAGCAAAUAUCAGAUGCUAUACAUGAAGAGAGAAGUUUAUCAAGUGUGAGACGUGAACCUGGUGUUGGUUGUGAUUCACCUGACUUACCGUCCUAUGAGGUAGCAUUCAGUAAAGAGAAAGCGCAACGUCGAGUUGAAGAGGAAGAGGAAAGGAGACGUAAAGCAGAUAUAGCAAAUACUAUUGCUCUCGAAGGGAUUAAAGUAACUUUUGAUCAGCUUUCUUUGGAUUGCGAUAAAGCAAUCGAUCCUGCUCUGUUUGAUGAUUCACCUGAAGCGACUGAUUCAGGUGCAGGUAAAGAUGGAACUCUCGGUUCUGGUGUUAUAUUACUUGCGCAACAGUUGAUUCUUAGUCAGGGCAAAUUGAAACAAAAUAAAAGCGUUAGGUUAUCAGCAGAUUUGACUGAUUUUCGAUAUCGCACUGAAUUGCCCGUGGGCGCAGCUACAACAGGAACAAUUUCUUUACCUGAUGGCAGUGAUAGUGAUAGUUCAGUGGAAAGCAAUCAUACGGGAGUAACGAUGAACACAGAUGAUUUAUCAGGAAUGCUUCGAAGUCAUUCUCAAAUGAUUGAAGAAAUUGAUGAAUGUGCUCAGCGUACGGAAACUAUAUUGCAUAAUGAUUUGAAUGUUAUUCGUAGAACUGGAAAUGAUGAUGUAGAGCGAGAUAGCGGCCAUAGUUCAUCAAGUUACUAG